UCCAUCUCAUCCUCGUCCACCCACGAAACCCUAGCCCCCUUCUCUCAAUCGCCGCUGCCGCCUUCUCCCUCCCAGUUCCAAUCCAAGUCAGAGCCCCCGGCCUGCUCCCUCCGGCGACGCCCACCUCCCUCCAAUGGAGCUCGACCCCCACCCCCCAAGCGCCGUUGCUCCACCCUCUCCCGCGAGGGUCUCUGCUGCCCACGCGUACAACCUCCGUCCCCUGUUGCUCUCCCUGCUGGCCCUCCUUCCUCGCCCCGGCUCCCUGCUCCGCCUCGAACGGCCAGCGCGCCGCCAUGAACGGCCAGCGUACCACGAUUCAAGAUCCACCAUGCCGCCGUCUCACUGCUCGCCUUCGGCGAACGUAGCUAGCAGCACCCGAGCUAGGCGCCCUAUGGAUCCCCCUCUCCUCUUCCACGGGACCACAACCAACAGCUCCCAUCCUCAUCGCGACCCCCUCCCCCCCGCAUCGCCAUCGCCAUCACGACCGGAGCUGCUCCCCAUCGCCAUACCUUACUGCAGCAGCAUAAGAGCUGCGGCCCACUUCCUCUACCAGCAUCGGAGCUGCGCCAAUCUUCUUCUCGCGACACCGGAGCCCCGCAUUUUUUCUCCAUGGCCGACGACUGGUGUUGCUUGCCGCCUCCAACCUUCCGCCAGCAGCAGCACAAUGGCUCCACCCUCUACCUCCUACUCCGAUGAACGGCGGCAGCUAGACACGCCAUCCCUUCUCCAGGUUGAUGUGUGCUGCUUAGAUGGAACCUUGGCAGGGCCGUUGUUCCCAGCGAUGCAUCAACUGGUCGCAGCAACCACCAAGAAGACACCCAACUCCCGCAUCCCGAACUACCCGAGCCUGCCGUCGCAGCUGCCGUGUCAAGUCCACAACAUCACCAUGCAUGCUGACAAGGACGCUAACGAGGUCUAUGCACAGAUGACUCUGCAACCAGUAAACUCUCAAGUUGAUUGUUUUGUCUCUAUUAUUGUGCGGAUUGGCCAAGUAUUAGUCGAUCUGCAAGCCGGUUUAAGAGCUGGAUUGGCCAGUCCAAUUCAACACAGAGCUGAGUGUAUGUUGAAACUUUUCGUCCAUCAAGCUCCACCUCCGGCCGCCCCGACGAUGCCCUCGCCUCCGCCAACCUCCACUCCUCCAUGAGGUGAUUUGUUUCUUGGAAUUUGGAAGAGGAAGACGAUGAAGUGUCGUGGUUAUCUAUCAAUAUGCCUUGUGUUCUGGUUGUACUUCAUAGUUACAUUGUAUUUUGUACUAGUCUGGUUUUAUGAAGACUAUGUAAAGAUUGUAAUAGGCUAAUUUUGGCUAUCAUUUCAAGUAUAUAGUUCUGUUUCAUUUGAAAUAUUUGUCAUUUGUGUACUGUGAAAAUGUGAGAAAUAGAAAGUUGAUGAGUUGGACC